AUGCCUCUGAAUUCAAAGGCCGUCUACGCCAAACUGAACCCGGACUUUGUUCCGUUCAGCAGUCGGAGAAGCACGGUCCAUAGUACCAAGGGGAUCGUCUCGUGUACCCAGCCGUUAGCCGCUGCAGCAGGUCAGAAGAUUCUCCAGGAAGGCGGAAAUGCCGCGGAUGCUGCUGUUGCAGUAGCCGCCGCCUUGAACAUGACCGAACCGGGCUCAACCGGUAUUGGAGGAGACAUGUUUUGUCUCUACUACGAUGCUAAGACCAAAAAGGUCCAUUCGCUGAAUGGCUCUGGUCGAUACCCCGCCAAUGCCACGCUGGAAACCGUGAGAAAGGACUUGAACGUCGGUCCCAACGACGCAGGCAGCAUUCCUAUGAAGAGUGUCCUGGCGGUGACGACCCCCGGUGCAGCUGCGGGAUGGGUCGAUACCGUCGAAAAGUUUGGCAGCGGAAAGCUGUCUCUAGAGCAGAUCCUUCGGCCAGCUAUCGAACUGGGCGAGGAGGGAUUUGCCGUGUCCGAGCUGUCGUCCUAUUAUUGGCACCAAAGCGAAAACCGCAUUCGCGAGGCGUCGCCCAAUGGCCACGAGAUGCUCAAAUCAGACCCCAAGGCCAAGGAUGGCGUCCGACCCCCUCUGGCCGGCGAGAUCAUGAGGAACCCCACACUCGCCCAGACAUUCCGGACUCUUGCUGCGGAGGGCAAAAAGGGUUUCUACGAGGGCCGGGUUGCCGAAGAGAUCGUCAAGGUGGUGCAGGAUCUCGGGGGAUAUCUGACCUUGGAGGACCUGAAGUACCACGCCGAAGUUGGAAGCCAAGAUACGGAGGCGAUCUCUCUAAAAUUUACCGGCCAGAACAUCGCCGAAAACCAGACCGCUGGCACCGACAAUGAGACAAACCAAGGAGUUGAGAUCUGGGAGCACCCGCCGAACGGACAGGGAAUUGUGGCGCUCAUGGCCCUAGGUAUCUUAGAAGAACUCGAGCGCGCAGGCAAGAUCCCGAAGUUCUCUCCCGACCAGCACAACUCCGCCGAGUACCUCCAUGCUGUGAUUGAGAGUCUGCGGAUUGCUUUUGCGGAUGCCUCGUGGUGGGUCACGGACCCUGACGUGGAAAAGGUCCCCUCCCAAGAGCUGAUCUCGCGUGCCUAUCUGGCCGAGCGCGCCAAACUGUUUAAUCCCAACAAGGCCACCGAUAUCUUGGACCACGGCAGCCCCGCCCAUAACCACUGCGACACCGUCUACUUCGCAGUUACGGACAAGGACGGCAACGGUGCCUCCUUCAUCAACAGCAACUACGAAGGAUUCGGCACCGCCAUUGUCCCUAAAGGCUGUGGUUUCACACUGCAGAACCGCGGCGCCAAUUUCUCUCUCACUCCGGGCCACCCAAAUGCCUUGGCCCCGCGCAAGCGCCCCUACCACACCAUCAUCCCGGCUCUCAUCACCAACGUGUCGGACGGCUCGCUGCACUCGGUGUACGGGGUGAUGGGCGGGUUCAUGCAACCUCAGGGCCAUGUGCAGGUGCUGCUCAACAUGCUUGCCUUUGGCUAUCACCCUCAGGCCGCGCUGGAUUCUCCCCGCAUCUGUAUUGCCGCUGGCUCUCCGGAGAUUGGCAAGCCCCUCGACCGCAAUGUGUACGUGGAAGAAGGGAUCAGCGAGCAGGCCAUUGAAGGUCUAAAGAGACUGGGACAUAAAGUUCAGGUCUUGACUGGCUGGCAGAGAGGCAUGUUUGGGCGAGGCCAGAUCAUCCGUUGCCAUUACGACAACGGGAAGCUCGUAUACAGUGCCGGAAGCGAUCCCCGAGGUGAUGGAAUGGCUAUCCCGGUGGUAUGA